GUUGCAUUUGUCCACAUUCCAUCGUCUGAUAGCAUCAACCCAUAAGACCAGAAACUAGAAAACCGCGUGAAUCCAUUCAUUCACUGUAGCAUUCUCCAGCGAUGAACUCAGAACACGACACAGUCAAUAAUUCAAUCUCUUAAUCCUCAUUCAUAGUUAAUCUCAUUCUUUAAUCUUACCACAAUGUCCAUUUCAGCAAGUCUUAAUCAUCAUCAUCAUCUUUAUCAACCGAUUCGAUUAAUUAAUUUCAAACUCAACCAACACCCAGUCAACACUUCACAGCUUCAAAUUCCUUCUUCAUUGCUCCUCUUUCUCACCCAAAAUUCCCUAGAUGAAUUCAUUAUCGGAAUUCGCUUGUGGGUUUUUCCUGCUGCUUUGUUUCGGCUGCUUCGCAGAGUCCAAAUGCACCAGAGGCUGCGAUUUGGCUUUGGGUUCGUAUUACGUCUGGCAGAAAACAAACCUCACAUUCAUCUCGGAUGUUAUGAAAUCGUACAUUAUUGAAUCGCCUGAUACAAUCGUCAGCUACAACAGAGACCAAGUACCAAGCAAGGACAGUCUCACAGCGUCCAUCAGAAUCAACGUUCCGUUCCCCUGUGAUUGUAUCAACGGUGAAUUUCUUGGCCACGUGUUUCAGUAUAACGUGAAAUCUGGUGACACCUACGACGUCGUCUCUAGUGUUUACUAUUCUAACUUGACCACGGUUAACUGGUUGAAGCAGUUCAAUAGCUAUCCGGAGAAUAACGUACCGGACACCGGUGUGCUUAAUGUUACCGUGAAUUGCUCAUGUGGGGAUAGCUCGAUUUCAAAGGAUUAUGGGUUGUUUAUUACAUACCCACUUCGGCCUAUUGAUACUCUUGAUUCUAUUGCAAGUGCGUCCAAUAUCAGUGCUGACUUGCUGCAGAGAUAUAAUGUUGGUGCCAAUUUUAGUCAAGGAAGUGGUUUGGUUUAUAUUCCAGGCAAAGAUGAAAAUAAUAGCUACCGUCCUCUGACAUCAAGCACAGGGAUAGCAGGUGGACUUAUUGCUGUUAUAUCCAUAGGGGCAGUAGCUGGGGUGCUGAUAGUAGGAGUUUGUGUGUACUUUGGAUUUUACCGGAAGAAGUUGAAGAAAGCGACAUUGCUGUCUGGUUCUCAUGAUCUCUCUGCUCAAACUUUGCAAGCUCCUGGAAGUAACUCCGAUAAACCUGUGGAAUCGACCGGUCUGGCCCCAUCUCCAGUUCUUACAGGCAUAACGGUUGAUAAAUCAGUGGAGUUCUCAUAUGAAGAACUUGCCCAGGCUACUGAUAACUUCAGCACGGCUAAUAAGAUUGGCGAAGGUGGUUUUGGGUCUGUGUAUUAUGCAGAACUGAGAAGCGAGAAAGCUGCAAUCAAGAAGAUGGACAUGCAAGCUUCAAAAGAAUUUUUUGCUGAACUAAAGGUUUUAACACAUGUUCAUCACUUGAACCUGGUUCGAUUGAUUGGAUAUUGCGUCGAGGGUUCUCUUUUCCUAGUGUAUGAGUACAUAGAGAAUGGCAACUUAAGCCAACAUUUGCGUGGCUCUGGGAGGGAUCCGUUGCCUUGGUCUGCUAGGGUGCAAAUUGCCCUUGAUUCAGCUAGAGGCCUUGAAUAUAUACACGAGCAUACUGUUCCUGUUUAUAUUCAUCGUGAUAUUAAGUCAGCCAACAUAUUAAUUGACAAGAACUUCCGGGGAAAGGUUGCAGAUUUUGGGUUGACAAAACUGACGGAGGUUGGAAGUGGAUCACUCCCCACACGACUUGUGGGUACAUUUGGAUACAUGCCACCGGAAUAUGCACAAUAUGGUGAUGUUUCUCCAAAAGUGGAUGUUUAUGCCUUUGGAGUUGUCCUUUAUGAACUCAUUUCUGCCAAGGAAGCUAUUGUUAAGAUCAAUGGUUCUAGUUCUGAAACAAGGGGCCUUGUUGCUUUGUUUGAAGAAGUGCUGAAUGAACCUGAUCCUAAAGAAGAGCUAUGCAAGUUAAUCGAUCCGAGGCUUGGAGAUAACUACCCGUUCGAUUCAGUCCGAAAGAUGGCACAGCUAGCCAAGGCAUGCACGCAUGAGAAUCCUCACUUACGUCCAAGUAUGAGGUCUAUUGUGGUUGCCUUAAUGACUCUUUCAUCAUCAACAGAGGAUUGGGAUGUUGGGUCCUUCUAUGAAAAUCAAGCUCUUGUCAAUUUAAUGUCAGGAAGAUAGAUAGACAGAGGCUAUGGCUAUGGUUAUCAAGUACUACUGAGGUUUUCCUUGCUUCUUCUUCCUCUUCCAUUUUUUUCUUUUUAUAUUCUUCUCCUUGCAACACCUUUAAUUUUUCACUUCCACUCACAAAUGUUAAUGUUGUAUGUAAAUGUUUAGUUGAAAAUUGGGGAAGCAACAUAGAAUUGUAUUAAUCAUUUUGAUGCAUGCUUAUAAAGCUUUUUUAAUUUUUUGAUUUUU